AUGGCAAAGCUAGUUUUCCAUUCACAUCUUCUUCUGCUCAUCAUAGUUUUCCUCUCUCUCCAUCCUUCAAGCCAGCUACAACAACACACUCAGUCACAAACCCUUCUGAAGAUCCAGCGGCUUCUCAACUACCCAUCAGCCUUAACCAGCUUCAGCCAUAGAAGCAACAUCAGAGACUUCUGCAAAAUUGAACCAACUCCAUCUUUGACUCUAUCCUGUUAUGAAGGCAACAUAACCCAGCUGCACAUUAUUGGCAACAAUGGGUUUCCUCCACUGCCUCGUGAUUUCUCAGCAGACUAUUUCUUUGCCACUCUUGUUGGCUUACCAAGCUUGAAAGUGCUUUCACUGGUUUCUCUUGGUUUAUGGGGGCCAAUGCCUGCAAGUAUUGGGCAUUUGUCUUCACUGGAGAUUCUCAAUGUAAGCACAAAUUACUUAAGUGGUACAGUUCCUCUCCAACUUUCAUAUCUGAGGAACCUUCAGACUCUCAUACUUGACCAUAACAAGUUCACUGGUCAAGUUCCAGGUUGGCUGAGUUCACUUCCAGUCUUGGCUGUUCUCAGUCUGAAAAACAAUAUGCUUAAUGGCUCUUUGCCAUAUUCUUUGGCAUCUUUACAAACUCUCAGAGUUCUCUGCCUAUCAAGUAACUUCUUGUCAGGGGAAGUGCCUGAUCUCAGAAACUUGACAAACUUGCAAGUUCUUGAUUUGGAAGACAACUAUUUUGGGCCUCAUUUUCCAAGUAUGCCUUCCAAGUUGGUCACACUUGUGCUAAGAAAGAACAAGUUUCGCUUGGGAAUCCAGACUGCAUUAGGCUCCUGCUAUCAGCUCCAGAAGCUGGACAUUUCAUUGAAUGGAUUUGUAGGGCCAUUUUUGUCAUCAUGGUUGUCACUGCCUUCCAUUAAAUAUCUUGACAUUGCUGGAAAUAAACUCACUGGACUUCUCUAUAAGAACAUGACUUGCAAUUCUGAGCUUGCUUUUGUCAAUUUAUCCUCAAAUCUUUUGUCAGGGGAUUUGCCCACUUGUCUGAAAAAGGAUUCUAACAGCAGGGUUGUUCUGUAUUCUGGGAAUUGUUUAGUAAAUGAAGAUCAGAAGCAGCACCCUUCUUACUUGUGCCACAAUGAAGCUCUGGCUGUGUGA